UCCCCCGUCUAUCACUACACCGGGUAAAAUUCCUUGAACCGAAAAUAGAAAUUGUACCCAUAAUUCUCCAAAUGUAGACUACAUUUUCGCUAGUAUUUUAAAAUCUUCUGGCUUUCUUUUUAUUUUGGAAUCACCAUGAGUCGGAAAGCACGCGUUACUUUUAGCUACAAGCCCGAACAGGAAGAUGAACUAACCUUGGAAGUUGGAGACAUCAUUACUAAUAUAACUGAUGUGGACGUUGGUUGGUGUGAGGGAGAAUUGAACGGAAAGAGGGGAAUGUUUCCAGAUAAUUUCGUCGAGGAGUUCAGCACGCCUGGCGAGGAAGUAGCAAAUGCUGCACCACUUCCGAGCUCCAAUUCUAAAACAGGAAAGAAGGCCAAAGUAGCAUUUGAUUAUGAGGCACAAGAUGCUGAUGAAUUGACAUUACAUAUGGGAGAUGUUGUGGAUUUUAUGGAGGAAGUAGAAGAAGGCUGGUGGAAAGGCAAAUUGCAUGGAAAAGUUGGUGUCUUUCCAUCUAAUUUUGUUGAAAUGAUUGAGGAAGAGGACACCAAUCCAAACCAAGACAAGCCAGCACAGAUAAAAACUGAAAAAGAGCCAACUGUCAGUCAUGGUCGGUUAGGAGUUGCAGUACUCGAGGAUCAUGAUGCUGGUAUCAAUAAAAGACAUUCUGGUGUAGAAAAGGCUAAGCAGUUGCCUGGAGGGGGUAUGGGAUUUGGUAACCUCGUUAACCCCGACAUUCUUGCUAAGAAACUCAAGAAAGUCCAUCAUGAUGAAAAGAAGGAGAAAAAAGACAAACUUGAAGAUAAAAAUGUUCCUGCUGAACCAAGCAAGACUGCUGCCACUGCAAAGGCACCUUUGGGUGUCAAAUCAAGGCCUGCACCCCCUGUUCCAUCCACUCCUCCAAUUGUUCAACCAGCCAAGAAACCGACUGAACGUGCAAAAGUCAUGUUUGAUUAUGAGCCUGAAAAUCCUGAUGAACUUAAAUUAACAGAAGGAGAUAUUGUCGUUGUUACGAACCAAAACAUUCCUGACACAGAGGGCUGGUGGGAAGGAGAGCUAAAUGGAAUAACUGGUGUCUUCCCUUCUAACUUUGUUGAUCUGCUACCAGUAGGUGCAGAAGAAGUUUUAUCAAAGGCUCCUGCUCCUGCUCCUGCUCCUGCCCCACCUCAGACUCACAAGAAAAGUGUUCCAGUUUUGCCUAUGAAAGAUGAACUGAAAAAAUCUCCAAAACUAUCAAGGAAACAUUCCCCUCCUGUGUCUCCUAAAGAAGAAUCAAAUGCUGAUGCUAUCCCAGAAGUCAAGAAACCUGUCAAGGAUACAAGUGGGGAGCCCCCAGCUCCAGCGCCAGCCAAACCAAAGCCACCGGUGGCAGGUCAGAAGCCUGUUUUACCACCCAAGAAACCUUUACCAAUCCAUAAGAAACCUACCACUAAAGGUAUAGCAAAGAAGCCUGAGAAGAAAGCUGAGAUUGAAAAUAGUAGUGUUACUAAGAGUACUGAGGAAAUGAAGGAUCUUGUUGAUGGCCUUUCGGCAGAGAAGCUACUAUCACAGGAAGAAGGGAUCAGUAAACCUCCUGAGAUCAAGAUGGAAAAUGUAGAAGAAGGAGUGUCCUUAGAUGACAUCCCAGCCACAGAGACAUUAAAUCACCUGACUGCCAACCGAGCAAAGAAUCUGCAGAAGAGGCCACCAUCCAAGGAAGGACGAACGGACUCAGCUCGCUUAAGUGGAGGCUUACUAGAAGAGCAAAUAGCGGAAACUAACAAACAGCCUCCAGAGCGUCCUAAAGAACCGCCUAGAGAACCAUCCUGGAAAAAAGAAGUCAGGGAAGCUCGGGAAAAGAAACAGGUUGCAGAAGAAAAGCCACCUCCUUUGCGGUCUUCCAAAACGGAGGCACUAGAGAAACGAAAAUCUCUAAAAGAAGAAGUGCCCGUACCACCAGUCCAAAAAGUUGAGCCUUUUACAACAGCGUCAGGUGAGGUGGAGAAGCUGCGAAAGGAGAUUGUGGAGCUACGAGAGAUGAUGGCUAAUAUGGAUAAGAAACAUGACGAUGCUAUCAAGAGAAUGGAGGAAAAGUUUACCCUGGAAAUAGAAGGACUCAUAAAUGACUUUGAUGAAGAAAGGAAACACAAUGCAGCGCUCAAGGUGGAAUUAGACAGAAUUAAAAGGCGUAAUGCUCGCCAUGAUACUGGAACCUCAGCUUGACUGAAGAGAACACAGGAUCUUUUCAUUUUUUUUUUUUUUUUUCCGCUGCAAAGGUAAAUUGAUACUAGUGUAGAUGCGAGGAAAAAGAUAGAGGAAAAAGGUGGUAGGACAUAUAACUCAUAAGUUUAUUGAACAGAAAUAACCAAUGCAAGUCACUAACAGAACAGUAAUUCGCCACAAAUUCCACAGGAGAAGCUGUGAUGAUACUACCGACACUUGGUGGUACAUACUUACAUACAUGUGAUAACCACGGUUUCGAGUCAGGAGUUAGUUCAGUCACACACGACUGCAAUUCGAUUUAACAAUGAUAAUUAUUUUUAACAGCCAUGCAUACUUACCUUUCAGUCAAUAACACUUUGGCAAGGUACAAAAAUCAUGAAAUACGACAAUAAACAGGAAAGGAAAUUGGAAAGAAUUGCAAAUGAAAAACAUGAAUGAUAAAAGCUUGAUUUUGCGUUAUGCGUUUUCCCCAUGUCAUCGGUCACCUGAAGUCACCACUCUGUGUCUUUAUAACAACUGAAAACUAAAAAGACCCUAGUAAGAGAGGAGAAGUAUCAGAGCCGUGGAAAAAAUGAUUUGAUCACAUAUCAUUAUUUUUUUUUACAAUUGAUAUGGAGUGCAAAUCUUUAAGCUUCAUUUGUCUUCAAUAUGUACAGAUUUGCUGAGUCAGGUGCUUUUGUUACUGCCUGUCUUCAAACUUUGUAACCUGUACAGCUUUUUUUGAAAAGAGAUCAGAGGUUCAACAGUAACAUUUUCUUUCUCUCUCUUUUUUUUUUUUUAAUCAAAUCAAUGUACAAGCAUUGUUAACAUAUAUCCUAUUAAUGUUUCUUGGGAUAACUAUUUUUGUCCGAUGGUGUUUUACGACAGUGUCUUCUAUAACUAAUAGAGGAAAAAGGUGGAAGGACAUAUAACUCAUAAAUUUAUUGAUCAGAAAUAAGACGUUCUUGUCAUAAACUGUAAUGAUCAUGUGUGAAUAGGUUAAUUUGUAGCUUUUAACACCUAUGUAUCUCCUAAUGAUUUCUUCUUCACCUAAAUCAUGGCUGCAUCUGUGAAGGGUAUUUAAAGGACUAUUGGAUCUGGAAAGCAGUAACACGUUUGCUUCAACGAAGUUUUGGGUUACUAAUCAAGGGAAGGGGGUAAAAAAUGUUCACAAAAAAAUAAUUAAGUUCGUUUUUCUUUAUUCAGGGUUAUAUCAGAGUAAAGAAUGGUCUAAAAAACAGGAAAACAUUAUGAACAGUUAGAGUAGAUUGUCAUUCUCCAAGUACGAUUUGUUUGGUUACUCUCAAUAGAAAACAGUACAUCAUAAAAUAAAAAAAUCUGUGAAAAGGAUUUCCUUUUUAUUUUUUUGAAUAAUAGCAAAUUGCAAACUCCUGUCAUAUAAAAUUAUACAGGCAACAUCAUAACAAGGGUGGGAAGGGUCCAAGUGCAAGGAAAACAAAACUUUUCCACCCAUUGGAUCAUGAUGAUAGCUUUCGAAUUUGAAGUUUGAAUACAUUUUCUAGGUUAGUGUUAAACUCAUUUGGGGCUAUUAAAGGUUUCAAAGUUUAAACCUAUUUGGGGUUAUCAGAGGUUUCAAAGUUAACCUCUCAAGUGAGCUUGGCUCUUUCCCUCCAUUGUGAGCUUGACCACUGUUUAAAAAUUCACGGCUUAGCUGUUGGUGUGUGGACUGCUUCGUAACAUUUAGUUGGUAGAAUUUCAUUUACAGGUGCAAAGUCAAAGUGAAAAAAAA